GUAUAAUUUUUUGGAAUAAUCCAUAUAAAAUAUGCUAUAAAUAAAAAAUUGUAGGAAUACUUACCGAGUACGUACCAAUCGGAGACCGCUUACUUAAGCUUGUUUUCGUCGCGGAGUGGCACAUCGGACGGCGUACGCGUACGAAGGAAGAAAACCUUUCAAACAGCCCUACCCACCUAAACUGCACGUGGUUGUUCUAAUGUGGCAGAAGUUACUGUAAGGUUAUAAAAAGUUAGUAGAACGCUAGUUAUACGUUAUAAGGAAAUGGCUAGCUCCAGUAGUUCAUCCAUAAACGAUUUUAUCGUCGGUGGAAAGUAUAAAUUCAUACGUAAGAUAGGAAGUGGUUCGUUCGGAGAAAUUUAUCUUGGCGUCGACAUGACAAAUGGAGAACGGGUUGCUAUAAAAUUGGAGUCAACGAAAGCAAAGUAUCAACAACUACUCUACGAAAGUAAUUUAUACAAAAUUAUUCGAGGUGAUGAUGGUAUACCUCGUAUACGUUGGUAUGGACAAGAAAGUAAUUGUAAUGUUUUAGUAAUGGAUUGUCUUAGAACAAGUUUAGAAAAUCUUUUUACAUUAUGUUCCCGACAUUUUACUAUGAAAACUGUUUUAAUGCUAGCUGAUCAGAUGAUUGAACGAAUGGAAUAUGUUCACAAUAACAAUUUGAUUCAUCGAGAUAUUAAACCAGAUAAUUUUCUUAUGGGAAUUGGAAUACAUCGCAAUAAGCUUUAUCUCAUAGACUUUGGUUUAGCAAAACAAUAUAUUCGCAGAGGACGACAUAUACCUUAUCGUGAGAAUAAACAUGUGAUUGGUACUGUCAGAUAUGUUAGCAUUAACACCCAUUUGGGUAUUGAACAAAGUCGUAGAGCCGAUAUGGAGUCGAUAGGAUAUGUGUUAAUGUAUUUUAAUCGUGGAAGUCUACCGUGGCAAGGUUUGGAAGCAGCAACCAAAAUACAGAAAUAUGAAAAAGUAAGUGAAAAAAAACUAUCGAUACCAGUAGAAGUUCUUUGUGAGGGAUUUCCAGCCGAAUUUGCAACGUACUUGAAUUACUGUAGAGGUCUCCGCUUUGAUGAAACACCAAAUUAUACGUAUCUGAGGCAAUUAUUUAACAAUUUAUUUCGUACACUUAAUUAUCAAUACGACUACAUAUUUGACUGAGAUAAGACUAAGCAAAAACAGAAUGCCGAGAAAAAAAGCAAAAAGAGAAGGCCGUCAGAAGUAGAAAAUUGGUGUUUUUUUGGUGACUCAUACUGAAUGGGUUCCGUUUUAUUUUUAUGUAAAAACAGUUUUGUCAAUGGAGAUGUAACAACAUUAUAAAAAAUUCUGUAACUGGUAAUGCAUUUUCAAUUGUUUUUAAUG